AUGCCACAGGAAGCCGAUGACUUUGGCCUUCAAGUCCGGCCUAUGGGAUUGAAGGUCCAUUAUACCUUCGACAGGGAAAACCAAGUCAAUUGCUUAGCAAGGUGGCCGCACAUUUUGCAAAUACAGACUAUCCCUCUCGACGAAAAGAACUCAAUUGGCGUCAUUGACCUUAGGACAUGCCUCCUGGCCGUCGCUCAGUGCAGUCCUGAGAUUAUUAACCAGCACGACAAUGACUACACCGUCUACGCCUUCGACUACUCAGAACCAGACACCCCACUGGUGGGCCAGGGCAUGCUGUCCUGGGGCCUCGAUGCGAACAGCGACCCUCAAUCCCAACUAGUAACCGGGCGUGUCGCGAGGAAUCUAUUGGCGAUAUUCGGAAAUGGCAUCCGAGAAACUCUGGAGGUCAAGCUGAAAUUGACUGCUGUGCCGAAGAUGCAACGCGCCGAGUCAUCGAGUCUCAACAUGGAUUCUCAAAACAUGAGGUCUGCUCCAACGCCCGUGGACACGACAAAUGCCGAGUGGAAUUCCUUUGUCCAGUCGAACCCUGCUCUUGGUCGGUCUGCAAACGUCGCCGCCGUUCCAUCUCCUGCCCUAGCUCCCGUGGGAUUCGACCAUUUUGCGCCAGAGAACAGGUUCUCUGAUAUACGGAGCGAUUGCUUGCCACACCAACCGAGCCGACCCCCCAGCAUCGCUCCUACUGCUCCGCGAAUCCCGCUUGAGGAACCCGCGUCUUCCCAGCCGCCUAUCGAGAUUGUACACGAGAAGCCUCCCCGGCCCUCCCGUCCUUCGUCGAGAGCGUCUCGAAAGGCGCCCACGGGAAGGCCUAGAGGAAGGCCUCGUAAGAAGCCGCUGGAAACUGGGAACACGUCGGCAGCCGAGGAGGCCACCGACGCCGAUGACGGACCGCAUAGGAAGAGGGCAAAGAUCACACAGGUCGACUACAGCAAUGCUGCGCCGUUCGGGUCAGCGCCAGACUCGCUGAGGGUUGCGGCAAGCACUUCAGGCUCUCUCCGAAAUAUGAGACCUAUUGCUGCCGCUGGAAGCGCCCCGCCCGUUGGCCAUCUGCAGGAUAUCCCCCGAGCCCCUACUCCUGUUCCGGAAGCGCCAAUGCUACAGAAGCAGCAGCGCAAGCGAAAUUCAGUCAUGAUCCCCCGGAGAGGAUCACUGGCCGAGUUUGAGAACACCCACCCGUACCCGCCAAACUUUGGCCAGCAGGCUUUGCAGAUGAGUAUGGCUCGGGAUGCGCGGUCCCCGACAGAGUCCAUCGCCCUGUCUCCCGAUCGGGGCUAUACUCCUGAGAGCGCAGCAGAUCUUGGUUCAUCCCCCCCGGUGCCCAGGGCAAGCGUUUACAUGCAAUCGAGCCCUAUGCCCUCCAGCCCCGUCCUACCCUCCAUGUCCUUGGCCCCGGUAGACUCUGGAUUUAUGAGCGGAGGAAUCGAGGACUUCUUUGACGAGGAAGACCUGCCACAGGAGCUCCCGCGAAGACAAUCUCAACCCGACCUGCCCCCAAACCUUCCCGCCACCAAACUGGCGACACAGGCGCCCGUCCGAAAAGGCCGCAACCCGCAACCACAGCCGCAAAAUUUCCCCUUUCAAGAGGUCAACCCCGGCCCACCAGAGUUCUUGCCGGUCACCAGUAUCUUCAACCCAGCUGGAAGAGCCAAAUCCCUGAACAGGGCAACCGCUCCAAAGAAUCCUGCAUCUAGGACACUCAAGAGGUCGAACACGGCAUCAUGCCCGCCUCGAUCAGAGCCGGGACCAGCUGUCCAGGAGCAACACGUGAGCCAAGAUGCUUCGCAGACUGCACCCGUAUUUGCAGAGAUGGACAUAGACGUCACGGCGAGCGCUUCUAUCCAAAUGUCCCAGCUACCUUUGAAUGACGCCCAGCCCAAGGAAUGUGUGGCGGCAGCUUCGCCGAAGGAUCAACCACUUUCUAGCACGGAGCCGCCAGUAUCCGCUUCCGAACCGGCACCCGCUGCGCCAACCCCGAAAGAAACCCAGCCUCUGCCGGCACGCCCGCCGUCCAGACCUGUAUCCCGGAGUGCCACAGUUCCCCCGGCCAUUCCAGCCAGCGACCCGGCACCAGACAUGAUGGCCCUGACAUUGCCCCAAGUAUCCCACUCUGAAGCCCCGUGUCCUGCCACUGAUGGCGCAGAGGCGCCGAGGUUCAAUAAGAAUCAGGUCAAGAAGCAGUCGAUCAAGGAACGCUUGGAAAGCGCCAUCCAGAAGGGAGAGAUGCCCCCUUUCUGCAACAAUUGCGGAGCCAUCGAGACACCAACCUGGCGGAAAAUCUGGACUCAGGAUCAUCAAGGUGUUCCAGGUUUCUAUGAGUUUUCGGACAAGCCGGGCUGUGUGACGACGAUUGACAUCUUGGCGAGGAACACUGAAGGCCAGCCAACAAUGCACCGCCUAGUCAAGAAGAACCUUGGUGUUACAGACAACAGAGGGGAUUGGAAAGAACUCCUCUUGUGUAACCCGUGCGGUAUCUGGCUCGCCAAAUUCAAGUGUCAUCGGCCGCCUGACAGGUGGGAUAAAGACGCAGCCAGACUCAACCAACCUCGUAGGAAGCGCGAGUCGAAGGCCGGCAACUCCCGUUCCAGAAAGUCGCGUACCAAGAGCGAUGGGCAGCUGAACCCUACUUCGGAGGCAUACUUCACAACUGAUCCAAUAGGGCCCUGCGAUCAGCCGUCUCCCAACGACCUGGAGGGCGGAGAAACAGAUUCUCAGUCAACUCGCCAAAACAGUGCCGUGACGGAUGGCAAUGGUGGCCAAAGGCAAGCUUCACAACCGGCCAUGGCAAAGAUGCCCAACUUGCUCGGUUCCCCAAACGGGAAGGGGCCGGGGUCGACUCAUUCAAGGGGUAGCGGAACGGCCAAUAGCCCCAUCGCAGUUGAAGAGGAUGACCUCGGCACGACCCGACGCCUCCUUUUUCCGUCUCCCAGGAAGGAUGGAAUUCCAAAGGUCCUUGGGGAGCUCGCGGUAAACAUUGUCCAGACUGGGCCAAUCGUGGUAGAGCCGAAACUGGCAACGACUGGCAAAGAUGAGAAACCGACACUGGAUCGCUCUGCGACACCUCCGCCCCCGGAAGGCGACGACUUGGAUCACCAACUAUUUGGCACACCCCCACCACGGCCCUCUACACCUCCCCCGAAUGCUGCAAACAGCGGCUCCUUUAAGACUCCGACUCGGCCAACACCGAGCCACAGGCCCAUAACUAGGAGUAUCUCACGGUCGAUCCGCUCGGCGAAAUCUAUCCCAAGGUCACCGAGCCAGGCACUGCUGCAGCUGCAACGGACGCCCUCUAAGACUCCGCGGUCGUCAGGCCCCAAUGCGCUGAACCUGAGCUCCGGCAGACGACGUACGACGCCGCGUCAUUCAAACAUGCACGCACGCUUCGCCCUCGACGACGACACGAACGGGCACGCGCACCUACACUUCGACUCGCCCUUCACCGCGACGCUGAACCAGCUCCUGUCGGAAGCUAACGGCUUCACGGCGGGAUCCCCGUCGCACGGCCUCGUCGACCUCGACCUGAGCAGCCUCCCGAACCUCGACAGCGACGACGUGCAGCACCUGGCCAACUCGGGGGCCCUGGACUUUGGCCACUUCCUUAACACGGACAUGGCGAUGCAGAGCUCGCCGCCCUUGCUGAGGAGCCACGUCAUGAACUUCGGGGGCGCUCUCGGCGGGCUCGGAACCGGCUCCGAGCUGUAG